CGCGCGCGUUGCCGGUGAAUGCGCGCCUUUCCCUUUCGUUCCGGUGGGAGAAUGACUCAAGAUUUUACAGACAAUGGGCUAUAUGUACCCUGAUGAGGUUUUGUGCAUGGAGACAUGCUGCUUGCUAUGGCAUCUGAGACUGAAAAGGCACAUGCCCUUCUCCAGUUGUUCAGCACAGCGUCUGUUAUUUCAAGUCUAGGACUGGGGAUUUUCUGCUUCAUAGCAGAUAGACUUCUGCAAUUUUCUUUCAUUCAGCAAACUUACUGGCUGCGGGCACUGUCUGAUAACAUGGUGCAUGGUGCUAUAGGGUUGUGGUCUUGGGCAAUAGUAAUUGGACUCAAGAAAAAAAGUGAUUUUACAGAAGUAAUUUUAGCUGGUUUCCUCUCAUCUGUGAUUGACGUGGAUCACUUUAUUCUAGCUGGCUCCCUUUCACUAAAGGCUGCCCUGACUCUUCCACAAAGACCAUUUCUUCACUGUUCUACUGUGAUUCCAGUUGUGUGCCUGAUGUUAAAAUUUGUUAUGCAUCUUCUCAAGCUGAAGGAUUCCUGGUGCUUUCUUCCCUGGAUGAUGUUUAUCUCCUGGACUUCACAUCAUAUUCGAGAUGGAAUACGUCAUGGCCUGUGGAUCUGCCCAUUUGGAAAGACAGUUCCCCUGCCUUAUUGGCUUUAUGUGGCAAUCACAGCAACUUUACCUCAUCUCUGUUCUUUUAUUAUGUAUUUAACUGGAACAAGAGAACUGAUGUUGAUAAAACAUGGAAUUCGUAUUGAUGUGUAAGGAUAUUGUAGAUGACUGUAUUCUUGAAAACAGUUUUCUCUGGAUUACUGAAUUAGGUCUAAGUUGAUAUUACAUAGCCUUAUUGAAACAGUGUUGAUUUCCUGAAGUCACUGCUGCACAAGGUAUUGUGACUGUGGGCAAUUUAUUUAUUAGUAGCUCCUUUUUAAGAUUUUGUUGCUGUUAUUAUCUAAUUUUUGUUAAGUAUGUGUAAAUAGCUGCUAGUCCCAGUCAUAUUGUUCCUCUUGCCUGUACCUGGUGGCUAAACUCCCUUCUAAUUCAUGAAUUCUAGUUCAGGAAGCAAACAAAAUACACUUCUCGUGAUUCAGCAUCUGUUUAACAUUGGGACUAAAGACCUUAUAGAGGCAGUUACUGUAGACUCCUAGGCAGUAGACACCCUCUGCUCCCAUAUAAAGAUACCUUGAAAGGUGGAUAAAAUGAUGUCUGUCCCAGCAUUACUUAGAAGUUCUUCUCUAUCUUCUGCUUUAGGUAUUUUGCCAUAGAUAUCUUCAGCUAUAUCUGCAGCUUUUUGAAUAUAUGAACAACAUCGUUGAUAAAGUUAAUAUUAUUCAGCAUUGCAACAGUAGUGAUAUAGCACUUUAUUGAAAAGAGAAGGCAAGAAAUAGGGGGCUUUGGAGCUAAUGCCACCUUCCUAAAAGCUACAUUUUGGUAGGGUUGUGCAAAGUAU